AAAAUGGUGGAAGGAGGUGUUGUGGCUGUGAGCAGGACCGAGUUCUCUGAGUUUUUUCGAACUACAUGGAAAACUCCACAUAUAUUGCGACUUGCUAUGACCGCUGGUAUUGGUGGUCUCCUCUUUGGCUAUGAUACUGGUGUGAUCUCUGGAGCGAUGUUGUAUAUACGUGAUGAUUUCAGAUCAGUUGACAAAAAUACAUGGCUGCAAGAGUUGAUUGUGAGUAUGGCAGUCGGAGCUGCCAUCUUUGGUGCCGCUAUUGGAGCCUGGAUGAACGAUAGUCUGGGACGAAAAAAGGCAAUCUUAGCCGCUGAUGUGCUAUUUUUCGUAGGGGCGGUGAUCAUGGCAGUUGCACCAGCUCCAUGGGUGAUUGUGAUCGGUAGGAUUUUUGUUGGAUUGGGUGUCGGUAUGGCAUCUAUGACGGCGCCAUUAUACAUAUCUGAAUCCUCCCCGACUCGAAUUCGGGGAGCUUUGAUAAGCAUGAACGGCAUCUUGAUUACCUUUGGACAGUUCGUAUCAUAUUGUAUCAACUUAGCCUUUACUUCGGUUCCGGGAACUUGGCGGUGGAUGCUUGGAGUGGCCGGAAUUCCCCCGGUUGUACAAUUCAUCUUAAUGCUUUCACUACCCGAAACUCCUCGUUGGCUAUACAAGAAUAACCAAAUAGAAAAAGCCACAGAAGGUCUGAAAACGAUUUAUCCAGCUGAUGAGGUUGGAGAACAGUUACAGCUCUUGAAGCAGUCAAUUGAGGAAGAUGAAGCUAAUGAAGCUGCUAUAGGGAAUAAUUUGAUCACGAAAUUCCGUAGCGCCAUGCAACACCCCGAAGUAAGAAGAGCCUUAGCCGCUGGCGUCGCUGUCCAAGUUGUCCAGCAAUUUGUUGGUAUCAAUUCAGUGAUGUAUUACGCUCCAACUAUCAUGCAACUUGCUGGUUAUGCUUCAAAGACUGUGGCUAUGGGACUGUCUCUUGUUACUACCGGGUUGAAUACAUUGGGUUCGUUCAUCAGCUUGCUAGUUGUUGAUCGAUUUGGGAGGAGAAGAUUGAUGCUUGUUUCUCUAGUCCUCAUUGUCGUUGGCCUUCUUUCGUUAGGUGUAGUGUUUUAUGUCUCUUCUCAAAAUGCACCACACAUCAACAGCUUUGAGUCAACCAAUUUUGGCAACAACACCAUAUGCGAAAAAUACACUUCAAACCCUGAUUCUUCCAGCUGGAAUUGCAUGGGCUGUUUGAAACAAAAAUGUGGCUUCUGUGCAGCAAGUGACGAGUUUGAUCCAGGAGCUUGCUUGGAUAAUGAAAAGGAUGUAGGAAAAAUGUGUAAAAAUGAACAUCGUGUCUGGUACGACAAGGGUUGCCCUAGCAAAUUAGGGUUACUCGCCGUGAUACUACUAGCAUUCUACAUCAUUGUUUACUCUCCGGGAAUGGGAACCGCCCCGUGGAUAGUCAAUGCGGAGAUAUACCCGCUCAGGUUCAGAGGAUUUGGAGGAGGAGUCGCGGCUAUGUCAAACUGGUCGGCCAACUUGGUUGUCAGCAUGACCUUCUUGACACUCACAGAGAAUCUUGGUUCAUGGGGCACGUUUAUUUUGUAUUCUGGUUUUUCGGCCAUUGGAUUUGUAAUUAUCUACUUUCUGGUUCCUGAAACCAAAGGUGUGUCCCUUGAAGAGAUUGAGAAGGUUCUACGCAAAGGUUUCAGACCAUGGCCACUUAAGCAAAUUGAUGAUGAUGAUGCUAAACCUGCAAAAUAA